GAGAGAUUGAUGAAAUAAGGACUUACAGGCUACCGUGUACGAUUGGGGAUUAGGGUUUAUAAAAUCUGAACACGUUGAUAUGGGGUUUAUGUGAUUGCUCUCGCCUUAUCUUCCUCAUGAGUCAUGAAACUAGUAGGGUGUUUGGCUUAAUUUUAAGGAUUUUUUUUAAAAGAACUUUUUACAAAAAUUAUUUUUUAAAAUGUGUUUGGAUUGAUUUUUGAAAGGAAAAAAUAAAAAAUUAAAGUGGUGGUUUAAGUUUUACAUGUAAAAUGAUAAAAAAAAAAAAAAAAAGAUAUGUUUAGGGUAGAUGAAGGGUAUAUUGGUAAUUUAAUAUUUUUAGCUGGUGAAAAGUUAUGAAAAAUUGGAAAAAGUCAGGUAAUUCUGACUUUUCAAAAAAACUCAAAUUACUCUAUGGAAAAAAUCAUUUACAAAAGUCUUUUUCCCUUUGUCAAACAUCUUUUGAGACUUUUUCUAAAAGAUAAAGUCAAAAGUCAUUUAAAAAGCUAUACCAAACACCUCUAGAUUUUGGGGUAUAUUACCGAUUUAUUAAAAAUUGCAUUCUGUACAAAAUUAGACCCUCUAGUUAUGAAACUCGCACAUAUGGGCCCUUAUCCUUGCAUACAAUAUUUUAUGGAUCAAGAGUGCAACAAAUAAUGACAAAUACUAGAACUAAUUAAGUUAGUAACCUAGUUAAAAGAUUUGUGUAUAAUAGUCAUAACGAAUCAUAAAGAACUUGUUCUAAGACAAACAUAUUAAGGUAUGAGACUCGAAACAUAUAGGAUUAUGAGGCAUCGUAAUAAAAGACACAAUAACAAACAAUUUAAAAUAUAACCAUAUAGUUAGUAAUUCGUUUCACUUUCAUUUAAAUCACUGAAUGAAAAAUUAUCAUCUAAAUAGAUAUUUAUUUCACAACCAACUUGAUUAGAUAAAAAUUAAGAUGAUUCUAUAUACGUGUUGAGAUGCAUAUUCUGUGAUGAUUUAUAUAUAAUAUUUUUUUUUUAACAAUACAUGAUAAUUUAUAUUUUAUAUAGUUGUACGACUAAAAAAAUAUUACGGAUAAAUCACUCCCGUUUUUAUAAAUGUUGCAUGUUAAAUUUAUGAAUUUAAUAGAAUCACAAUAUGGAUCGUAAUACAUAUAUUAUAAGUUAAAAAUGAAUAUGCAGAUUUACAAAUAGUCCAGGGAGCAGUUUUAUAUGAAACUCAAAGGGGUUUAAGGGGUUCUCGCUUCUCACUCAUCGGUAGAUCUUGCCGGUAAUAAUCGGAGGAAAAACGGCGAUGGCGAAAAAACAAGGCCGGCGAGCAGCGGUUAAGUCCGACCGCUCCGACCGCCGAUCAAGCAGUUCAGUGCCUUCAAAUCGCGAGGAUUCUUCUAGCCGUGUCAUCAACCCUAACAAACGGCUUAGUAUGCUCAACACUUUACUCUUCCUGAUCGUAUCUCCUGCCAUUUCAUCAUAUGUAUACCGUAUGCUAUACGCUUCGAAUACGGACCUAGAUUCUUCGCUUCCGUACGUAUACCAACGAGGCUUAGUGAAGACUGACAUCAAUUACCAAGAAAUCCUCACUGAAAAUGCAAAAGUUUCAGAGAAUACAUCAAUUCGGCAUUUUCCAAACCCCGUGCUGGCUUACGUUACACCAUGGAAUUCAAAGGGAUAUGAUCUGGCAAAAGAGUUCAACUCUAAGAUUACACAUAUAUCACCAGUGUGGUAUGAUCUAAAAAGUCAAGGAGCUGAGUUUAUCCUGGAAGGAAGACAUAAUGUUGAUAAAGGAUGGAUUUCAGAUCUUCGAAUGAAGGGAAAUGCUCUGAUUUUACCUAGAUUUGUACUUGAAGCUAUUCCUAUGGACAUGCUAAAAAAGAAGAAACAGAGGGCUAAAGUAAUUGACCUUAUUAUAACCGAAUGCAAGGAGAUGGAUUUUGAUGGCAUUGUUCUAGAAUCUUGGUCAAGAUGGGCUGCAUAUGGUGUCUUGCAUGAUCCACACAUGCGGAAACUGGCACUUCAGUUUGUUAAAAAAUUGGGAGAAUCCAUGCAUGCUGUGGGGAAUCUGCAAUUAAUAUAUGUUAUUGGGCCACCACGUUCUGAUAAGGUCCAAGAGUAUGAUUUUGGGCCUGAAGAUCUACAAAGCUUGAGUGAUGACGUGGAUGGUUACUCCCUUAUGACUUAUGACUUCUCAAAUCCUCAAAAUCCAGGUCCCAAUGCACCAUUGAAGUGGAUCACUUCUACUUUGCAGCUGCUCCUUGGUGGCUCUCAGAAUUUGUCUCAAAAAAUAUUUCUAGGCAUCAACUUCUAUGGGAAUGAUUUUGUUCUUCAAGGAGGAGGUUUGGGUGGUGGAGCGAUUCUUGGAAGAGACUAUCUUUCUUUAUUGGAAAAGCAUAAGCCAGAAUUGCAAUGGGAGAAGAAAAGUGGGGAGCAUUUUUUCUUGUAUUCUGAUGAAAAUAAUAAUAACAUUGUGAAACAUGUUGUGUUCUACCCAUCACUUAUGUCCAUUGCAAUGCGGUUGGAUGAAGCUCGAUCAUGGGGUGUUGCUGUUUCCAUUUGGGAAAUCGGUCAAGGUUUAGAUUAUUUCUUCCAUCUUUUGUAAUUUACUUAGAUCUUCUAGUUUCAAACUUUAGGAUAAAUAUUUAAUCCAAUUUUAUUAUAAUAUCCUUCUCAUCUUUUGUUUUAGAUUCAUGUAUAAUCAUUUUCACCUCAAAUUCCAUUUCUCUAUUAUGGUUUAAGAUUUAGGGUUUAGGGUUAGAUACAAUUCACUGUAAUUUGUGUAUCAUUUUGAUUUUUGAUCGGAUGAGACUUAACUAGAUACGUAGUAUUACAUUAAAU